AUGUCCAUACUGCCCUACGUCCCUACUGCCCUACGUCCCUACUGCCCUACGUCCCUACUGCCCUACUGCCCUGCUGCCCUACUGCCCUACGUCCCUAAUGCCCUACUGCCCUACUGCCAUACUGCCCUACGUCCCUACUGCCCUACUGCCCUACGUCCCUACUUCCCUACUGCCCUACGUCCCUACUGCCCUACGGCCCUACUGCCCUACUGCCCUACUGCCCUACACCCUACUGCCCUACUGCCCUACUGCCCUACGUCCCUACUGCCCUACUGCCCUAUGUCCCUACUGCCCUACGUCCCUACUGCCCUACUGCCCUACAUCCCUACUGCCCUACGUCCCUACUGCCCUACUGCCCUACGACCCUACUGCCCUACUGCCCUACGUCCCUACUGCCCUACAUCCCUACUGCCCUACUGCCCUAUGUCCCUACUGCCCUACGUCCCUACUGCCCUACUGCCCUACGUCCCUACGGCCCUACUGCCCUACGUCCCUACUGCCCUACGACCCUACUGCCCUACGUCUCUACCACCCUACCACCCUACGGCCCUACGUCCCUACGUCCUUAUGGCCCUACCACCCUAUGGCCCUACGUCCCUACGUCCCUACGUCCCUACGUCCCUACGUCCCUAUGGCCCUACCGCUAUACGUCCCUAUGGCCCUACCGCCCUACCGCCCUAUGGCCCUACGUCCCUAUGUCCUUACGUCCUAUGGCUCUACCACCCUAUGGCCCUACGUCCCUACAUCCCUACAUCCCUAUGGCCCUACCACCCUAUGGCCCUACGUCCCUACGUCCCUAUGGCCCUACCGCCCUACGGCCCUACCGCCUUACGUCCCUAUGGCCCUACCGCCCUACGGCCCUACCGCCCUAUGGCCCUACUGCCCUACAUCCCUACGUCCCUACGGCCCUACCGCCUACCACCCUAUGGCCCUACGUCCCUACGUCCCUACGUCUCUACGUCCCUACGGCCCUACCGCCCUACCGCCCUACUGCCCUACCGCCCUACCGCCCUACCACCCUACGUCCCUACGUCCCUAUGGCCCUACCGCCCUACCGCCCUACCGCCCUACGGCCCUACCGCCCUACGGCCCUACAUCCCUACGUCCCUACGUCCCUACGUCCCUACAUCCCUACAUCCCUAUGGCCCUACCGCCCUACGUCCCUACGUCCCUACCGCCCCUACCGCCCUACCGCCCUACGUCCCUAUGUCCUUACGUCCUAUGGCUCUACCACCCUAUGUCCCUACGUCCCUACAUCCCUACGUCCCUACAUCCCUAUGGCCCUACGUAAUAAUAAAAUAAUAAUAUGCCAUUUAGCAGACGCUUUUAUCCAAAGCGACUUACAGUCAUGUGUGCAUACAUUUUUACGUAUGGGUGGUCCCGGGGAUCGAACCCACUACCCUGGUGUUACAAGCGCCAUGCUCUACCAAUUGAGCUACAGAGGACCCUACAUCCCUAUGGUCCUACCACCCUAUGGCCCUACGUCCCUACGUCCCUAUGGCCCUACCGCUAUACGUCCCUAUGGCCCUACCGCCCUACCGCCCUAUGGCCCUACGUCCCUAUGUCCUUACGUCCUAUGGCUCUACCACCCUAUGGCCCUACGUCCCUACAUCCCUACAUCCCUAUGGCCCUACCACCCUAUGGCCCUACGUCCCUACGUCCCUAUGGCCCUACCACCCUAUGGCCCUACGUCCCUACGUCCCUAUGGCCCUACCGCCCUACGGCCCUACCGCCCUACGGCCCUACGGCCCUAUGGCCCUACUGCCCUACAUCCCUACGUCCCUACGGCCCUACCGCCUACCACCCUAUGGCCCUAUGUCCCUACGUCUCUACGGCCCUACGGCCCUACCGCCCUACCGCCCUACGGCCCUACGGCCCUACCGCCCUACGUCCCUACGUCCCUACGUCCCUACGUCCCUACGGCCCUACGUCCCUACGUCCCUACGGCCCUACGUCCCUACGGCCCUACGUCCCUACGGCCCUACGUCCCUACCGCCCUACCACCCUACCGCCCUACCGCCCUACCGCCCUACAUCCCUAUG